AUGGCGGCUCGAAAUCCGCUGCAUGCUGAUCUGGUUUGGAGGCGGAGCCUGGAGAAGGAGCUCGAUGCAUGGUGUCUCCAGCAGCUAGGAAUCACAAGACAUGAUUCUUUGGAGACCCUGAGGAAGACCAAGGAGCCCCCAUUGCCCAAGAUGCCAGCAGUGGGGCAGGAGGUAGUCAUCCAAGGCUCCCGGUGCAGGCCUGAGCUCAACGGACUUCGAGCCGAAGUGCUGGAUGAUAGUAUAGACAAGGCUGGGCGGGUGACGGUGCGCGUCUUCCGCCCAAGCGACGUGAAUCGCGAGGGCAAGGGAUCACGAAGGAUGCAAAUCCGGGCUACGCAUCUGGAAUCGAGACGAUCCGCCCCCUCCUUGUCGGCAGCGGGUGCUUCUGCAGCCUAUGUGGGCUCCCAGGCUCCACCCUCCCGGUCUUGA